AUGAUUGAUUUCCAGGCGCAGCCGGACUCCAUCUUGGGGCCAGGGGGUGGGUUUGGGGGCUGGGAGCCUCGAGAUGAGCCCUUGUUUCUCUUCGACGCCGGAGCUCCUGGGGACGGGGGCUUCUGCCCAGCCCCAGGCCGUGGGGCGACGCUGAGGACGGCCUGCGAGGCUGCGGGGGGCCCCCCUGACCCGGCGGCCUUCCAGGUGCCCCCCAAGCCCGCGCUCUGGGCGCUCCUGCUCGCACUGCUGGGACUCGCGCCCGUCCCCGCGCGGCCGCGCGGCUGCAGCGUCCCCGACGUCCUGCGCCACUACCGGGCGGUCAUCCUCGAGGACCUGCAGGCCGCUGUGAGGCGGGCGGGGCUGGGGGCCGCAGGGAGCGGGCCGGGCUCCAGGCACCUCCACCUUCCUCAGAGGAACCAGACAAGAGCUGCGGCCGCCCGGCGGCGGGGUCGGCUGGGACCCUCCUGUGGCGCCCAGAAGGAGCACGGAAUCCUCGCCUCCAUCGCCUCCCUGGGCCAGACCCUGCGCAGCGCAGCGGCCGGGCGUCGCCGCGGGGCCCUGGAGAAAGCAGCUUGGACCGUCGCCUUGCGCACUGAGGCCGUGAUGCGGCGCCACUGCCGGACCCCGCGCCAGCGGAGCCGGCGCCGGCGGCCCCAGACGCACCAGGAGCCACGGCCUCACGGCGGCGGCCGGAGGCGACUUCUGCUGCGAACCUUGAACGCUGUCGCCACCUGCUGGGAGAAGCUCUUCGCGCUGCGCGCUUGGGCCCACGGGAGCCCCUAG